CCAGCACAUGUGUCAGACGCAGCACAGCAAGAGUGAGUCAAUUCAACCAUCUCACUCUCAUCCACCCAGAAUGUUUCAAACUCUCAGGAGAAACACCCGCAUGUGUGUCCUUCUCCUCACAUCAGUGCUCCUCUGCAUCACACCAUAAAGGACAUUCACUGAAUCAGCGCCUUCCUCUCUCCUCAUCUUCAUCAUGUCUGUGAAGUCUGACGGCGUGCAGAAGAAGUGGUUGGCUGUGAGAGGUCGCCUGGGCUCGUCUCAGGACUCGGACGGCUCUCAGGAGGCUAACCUGGAGAACGCCGAGGCCGAGCUGUGCAUUCGUCUCCUGCAGGUGCCCAGCGUGGUCAACUACUCCGGCCUGAAGAAGCGUCUGGAGAAGAGUGACCAGGCCUGGAUGGGUCAGUUCCUGGAGCUCUCGGGCCUGGACCUGCUUCUGGAGGCGCUGGACCGGCUGUCGGGUCGCGGAUGCUCUCGGAUCGCGGACGCUCUUCUGCAGCUCACGUGCGUUAGCUGUGUGAAGGCCGUCAUGAACUCGUCCGCUGGGAUUCACUUCAUCAUGGAUAAUGAGGGAUACGUGCGCAAGCUGUCUCAGGCUUUAGACACGUCCAACACCAUGGUGAAGAAGCAGGUGUUCGAGCUGCUGGCGGCCCUCAGCAUGUUCUCCUCCGAGGGACACACACUCGCUUUAGACGCUCUGGACCAUUACAAGUCUGUGAAGACGCAGCAGUAUCGAUUCAGUGUGAUUAUGGGCGAACUACGAGCCACUGAUAACGUGCCCUACAUGGUGACCCUUCUGAGCGUCAUUAACGCCCUGAUCUUCAGCGCCGACGACCUGCGGCAAAGAGACAAGAUGCGCAAGGAGUUUAUCGGAUUGCAACUGCUUCAACUACUGCCAAAGCUUAGAGAAGAGGACGAUGAAGACUUGAUCAUCCAGUGUGAGGCGUUUGAAGAGGCCAUGGCUGAGGAUGAGGACGAGCUCCUGAGGCUUUAUGGAGGAAUCGACAUGAGCAACCAUCAGGAAGUCUUCACAGCUCUCUUUAAUAAGGUGAGCAGUUUCCCGUCCUCGCUCCAGCUGUUGUCUAUAACACAAGCGCUGCUGCUUCUGGGUCCGGAGCGAGUGGAUAUCUGGCAGGCGCUGGAGUCGCUGGUGAACCGAGCCUCACUGAUCGCCCAGAGCUCUGAGAUGGACUCGUGCGAGAGGAUUCUGCAGCGUCUCGUCUUCGCCAAGGAAGCUUCGCCCAAAGGUUCUUCUGAGGUCAACGGUCACCAAAGAAAGAAUCAAGCCGUUCAGACUGAGGCGAGAGACGGCAAGCUGGAGUGUUCAUGCGGAUCAACCAACAACCAAGAACCACAGCGCACCCCCACAAAGUCCUUAUCUACUCCUCCACCAUCACCUCCUCCACCUCUCAAAACGGGUGCUGGACCUCCUCCACCUCCACCUUUACCAGCACCCGGGAUGCUUCCUCCACCACCUCCUCCACCACCUUUACCAGGAUCACAGAUGCUUCCUCCACCUCCUCCACCGUUACCGGGUAUGGGUGCACCUCCACCGCCGCCUCCUCUGCCUGGAAUGGGUGCGCCUCCACCUCCUCCUCCACCGUUACCGGGUAUGGGUGCGCCUCCUCCACCUCCUCCUCCUCCGGGCAUGAGCGACGUGAUCGUGGCGAAGACGUUUAAUCCGAUUGGUCAAUGCUACGGUGCACCGGUGAAGAGCGGCCCUUACCCCUCCCUCAGGAUGAAGAAACUCAACUGGCAGAAGCUCAACUCCAGAGCGCUUAGUGUAGACGGUCCUUCCAUGUGGGCCUCCGUCCCGAACGCUUCGCUGGAGCCGAACUACAGCAGCAUCGAGGAGCUCUUCUGUCUGCCGGUGGCUGAGCCCAAAGACAAGAGCCCGGCCGCCCCCGUCAAGAAGGAGCUCAAAGAGAUUUCCUUUAUUGACGCCAAGAAGAAUCUGAACCUGAAUAUAUUCCUGAAGCAGUUUAAGUGCUCGCAUGAAGAGUUUGUGGCGAUGCUGCUAAAAGGAGAUUGUUCAAAAUUCGACGUCGAGUCUUUGAAACAACUCCUGAAACUGCUUCCGGAAAAACAUGAGAUUGACAACUUAAGAUCCUUUCAAGGGGAUCAAGACAAACUGGCCAAUGUGGACCGCUUUUACCUCUUACUGCUGGCUGUGCCCUGUUACCAGCUGAGGAUUGAGUGCAUGUUACUGUGUGAGGAGACGCUGUCGGUGCUCGAUAUCCUGAAGCCGAAGGUGGAGCUGGUGGACGCGGCCUGUGAAAGUCUCAGGAGAAGUUCUCUGCUGCCUAGUUUCUGCAAGCUCAUCCUUGACGUUGGAAACUUCCUCAACUAUGGAAGUCACACAGGAAACGCUGAGGGAUUCAAGAUUGGUUCCCUGUUGAAACUCACCGAAACCAAAGCAAACAAGAGUCGCAUCACCCUCUUGCAUCACAUCCUGGAGGAAGCCGAGUUAAACCACCCAGAGCUGCUGAAGCUUCCAGAAGACAUCGAGGCCUGUGAGAAAGCGGCCGGCGUAAAUCUGGAGUCGAUUCAGGCAGAAACAAAUAAUCUUCUGAAAAGAUUAAAAGAUGCAGAAAAAAAGGUGUCUUCAUCAGUUGAGGAGGUCAAGGAGCAGUUUUUAAGGGUUAUUGAGAGGAACCUGACGGCGUGUAAAGCCCUGGAGGAGCGCUUCACGAACAUCGACGGCAGGAAAGGAGAUCUGGCUCAGUAUCUCUGUGAAGAUGUGGUUCAGCUCUCGCUGGAUGAACUCUUCAGCACCCUCAAGACCUUCCGGCAGCUCUUCCUCAAAGCCUUAAAGGAAAACAAGACCCGUAAAGAACAAGCUGCCAAAGCCGAGAAAAGAAAGCAGCAGCUGGCGGAGGACGACUCCAAGAGACAGAAAGGAGAAGAUGGGAAGAUAAUCAGGAGAGGGCCCGUGCCGCAGGACGACGGCUGCAUCAUCGAUCACCUCUUGGCGGAUAUUCGAAAGGGUUUCCAUCUGAGAAAGACUCGUCCCAGGUGCGAAACGGAAAGUGCCCCUUCUAGUGAAAUGCAUAGGGAUGCGGGACCGUCCGCAGCAAGUGUCAGGUCUGUCGAAGAAGAAGCGGGAUCGUCAGUGGUCGAAAGCCUGGACUCAACUCCAGAAGAUCCGGGCAGAAGCUGCGACACCAAUCCCAGCAGUGAAGCCUCUCCGUUGUGUCACGGUGACCCAGAGAGCCUUUCUUCAGACGUGAAGGAGCUUCACUGUCCUGACACCAUCCCUGAGGUCAACUCCACAGUCGCCGAUACACCACUGAACCCGUGUGUGAGCGCCAGAACUGAGGACAAUCCUCUUACAGACACACCAGCUCACGAUCAGACCACAGCAGAUCAGCCUGACGCUUCACCCGGCCUGGCAGAUCCACAUCUGAAGCAUAAUGCAGAACUCGUCAGGGCUAAGGACGAUGACCCUUUAAACGCUGAUAUUGACCCGAAAGCAAGCAGUGCGUGCGAUGAGAAUAAAGACACGUGUGUGGGCGACCCGCUUCAGUCGGGAAACGAUGUCGAGACACGUGAUGAUGUAGCCCCGCCCACUCCUCCUCUAGGCCCCGCCCACCGGAAACCUGAAAAUAAGAAACAUUUCUUCCAAAGAAACAAAAAAAGCAGUAAUGAAGUCGAGGGUAACAGAGGCAAAGGACGCUCUAAAAAGGCGUGUGUGUUGCAGUAAGGAAGCUCCAGGAAAAGGAGACCAAAAGGGAGAAGGAGGAGUUGAGCGUGUUCCUCCCAUGAUCCCGUCGCUCCGGGAACAGCUUUAAUGGACUGCACUGUCUGUUUUUAAAUGCUAAAUCUUAAGAUUUGACCAAAUCAUUUUAAAUAUUUGCACAGUGUAAGAUGCAUUUAUGAUACUCCCUAGAAAACUUUGUUUACACACCAGAUCAGUUGGAGGAGAGGAAAGUGAACCCAGUGUUUCUGAAACCUUUAAGAUAAACGCCGUUCACUAUUAAUAUUGCUCUGAAUGUAAGCUUUAUAUGUUAUAAAGAUGUUUGGCAUAAAGUAUUAGUUCAUUCUUAUAUCAAUUCGAAAAUAUUUCUGUAAUAGGCUAAUAUAUCUCAGCAGAAGUGAUGAGAUUAUAUUUUGUGCUUGCAGUGGUCUUUUUGAGUGUGACUUUCAUAUUGAUGUCAGGAUGUAUUUUCAUGUAUAAGGAGAAAAUAUCUAAAUUAUAUAUAAAUAAAAAUGGAAAAUAAUGUUU